AGAGGAAAUAAUUGAACGGAAGGGUGAAGAGGUGGUUUCAAAACUUAGAGCUAAAUUAAUGUUUUGUGAUAGACAUAGUAUAAAUAAAGCCAGACCUUGAAGGAUGCGAAGGUGCUCAAGUCAGGGGAAUCAUCAUCUAGGGACCUCCCAGAGACCACAAGAAAACAUGGGGAGGAUUUUCCUCACAGGAGCAAAAGCCAAUUCAGUACUAAAACACUACCCAAGAGCUAAUGGACUUUUUGAGGAAAUAAGACAAGGCAACAUUGAACGUGAAUGCAAAGAAGAAUUCUGCACAUUCGAAGAAGCAAGAGCAGCUUUUGAAAAUAAUGAAAAAAACUAAAGAGUUUUGGAACACCUAUACAAAGGCACAACAAGGGGAGAGUAACAGAGGAAGUGACUGGUUUCAAUUUUACCUUACCUUUCCAUUAAUCUUUGGCCUGUUUAUUAUCCUCCUUGUCAUUUUCCUAAUCUGGAGAUGCUUCCUAAGAAACAAAACUCGCAGACAGACAGUGACUGAAGGUCACAUGCCUUUCCCUCAGCACCUUAAUAUUAUCACUCCGCCUCCCCCACCAGACGAAGUGUUUGAUAGCAGUGGAAUGUCGCCAGGCUUUCUGGAAUAUGUAGUUGGGCGCUCAGAUUCCGUCUCCACUCGCCUGUCCAACUGUGAUCCUCCACCAACCUAUGAGGAAGCCACUGGCCAGGUGAACCUUCAGAGCAGUGAAACAGACCCUCAUUUAGACCCACCCCCGGAGUAUGAGGACAUCAUCAACUCUAACUCAGCCAGUGCCAUCGCUAUGGUGCCUGUGGUCACCACCAUCAAGUGAAACUGCAAACUUCUUUUUAUUAUAAUCAUUUUUAGAAUACUAAUGAAAGAACUUUCUAGCACUUUACCACCACAUAAAUGUGCAUUGACUUAUUUUAUUGGACUCUUGACGGCAUACCACUUCACAUUUUCUGAUUUGAUUUUAAUUAGUUUUGUUUCCUACUAUAAAAUCAUUAUCCAUGCUCAUUUUAGGUAAUGAAAAUAUGUGAAGAGGGAAAAACAGUGCAGGUCUUCAUGUGAUGUGAUGAGUUAUACAUAUGUGUGUGUGUGUAUUCAUGCACAUAUACAUAUAUACAUAUAUACAUGUAUGUACAUCAGCCCAACAUACGUGAAACUUUUAAAAAGUCAUUAACUUAUGUCUAAAUCACCUGUAAAGAGAACAUUACUCACCAAAAUUGGGGAGGAGGAGACACCAUCAAGUGGUGUAAUAGCAAUAUGCUGUUCAAUUUUGUAAAUAAGAAGAACUUAGUAUGUUUUCUAAUUCUUACUGGCUGUUGUUAACCUUUUUCUUCAACUACCUUAAAAGGAAAAAAAUGCAUGUAGUCCAUCUUGAUUUUUGGAACAUCUCAGAAAGACAGAGGGAAAGCACAGUAAACAGCAACUCGCUUAUAGUGUAUAGAAAGAAAUUAUUGGUCAUUGGUGUGACAUUUGGCUAGUUUUGUAGGAGGGAGUUGUUUUGUUGUUCUUGACUACCCCCUCCCCAUUAAACAGUGUUUGCGUACUCUCUUUGAAUGUCUCAUGCUAUUUGUAUUAACAUCUUGGUGGAGAGGAUUUCCUGCCAACAAAAUAAUUUUUAAAGUAGAUAUAUGUAUUAAUGACAGUGAAUAAAGAUUACUCCUUUGCUCUUUGGUGACAAUAAUUAUUUUCUUCUCGUGUUUCAUUGCCUUUUAUUCUGCUGUUUACUCCUUCUCCUACCACCACAGAAUCUUCAAGCAUCUAAGAAUUUAAAAUACAAUUCUUAAAAUUAUUUUCUUAAUGUUUCUGCAUAGACUGAAGUAUUUGCCUCAGGAUGAUUGAGGAAAUUUCCCAUUAAAUUAAGAACUAUGAUUUUUAUAUUGCUCUCCAGUUGGUGGAGGAAGAUUGCAAAGUCUGUUGUGCCAGGUGCACAGUAAAUCUAGUUAUAAUAGCUUCACAGAGAUCUCAUUAUUGUUAUUUCAUUUUGUAUUUUAAUCAGAUAUUUUUAACUGCAGAAUUUUUACUUUUCCCUUGGAUCAGAGUGAAGAGACUAUGAAUGAACUGCCAACAUAAACUGGCUCAGAAAGAAAAAGUGAGACAGUUGUUUUUGUAUGCAGUUCCAUAAUGUAUGCACUGGUGGGAAAUUCAUUAUAACAGUCGAAGAGAUGUCUGCCACUCCCAAGCUUCCUUGGUGUUGGGUAAAUGGUGGGUGAGGCAAUGGAAUGGAGGUUUCGCAAGUGUCACACACUGCUGCCUCUCUCCAUCCCCACUGACCCCUCCUUUAAUCCUGCCCUGGAACCAGAGGAAGAGGGAAUGCCGGGGAGAGUCCUGAACUAGGAGUGAGACGACAUGAAUUCUCACCCCUUUCUGCAAUAUACUUGCCAUGGUACCUUGGGAAAGUCCCAUAUCUGACCCUCAAAUUCCUUAACUCUGAAAUGGCAGUGAAAUCAUUUGUCCUGUUCUUCUCCAGUGGCUUCAAAGGAUCUAAUGAGAUGGUGUGCAUGAAAGUAAUUUGUAAGAUGUGAAGAGAUCAGAGCAUUGUUCUUAUUGUCCUCAAGGGAGAAUUUUUUCCCUGCUUCCCUAAAAUUUAUCAGAGUUCUCACAUAGUGAGAAAUAGAGUAGGGUGCUCCGUAAAUGGCUAACAUGUUCCUAAUGUAAGUGUGAAGGAUAUUUGUUAAACUCCUGUCAUGCUCUGGUCUAUACCAAGACUGUGCCAAAUUAAAGAUGACAGCCAGCUCAGCACAAAUAGGAUUAAGCAAAUGUUAGAACUAAAAUGUGUGUGUUUAGUUAAUAGGUUUUGUAGCUUUCGUGAGCUAAAAAAGAAUAAAUCUUCACCAUGGUCUCAGCAGAAAUGACAAUAUUGUUUUGAAUUUGGCCAUGAGAACAUGGCGAUCUUUGGCUUCUAGUUAAAGCUGAAAGUUGAAGUCUGAUACAGUGACUUGUGUGGAUAUGUGUGGAUAUUUUGGGUUAUUUUAAAAUGAAAAUUAAGACUCCUUUUGUGUAGAAUUUUUAGGUCAUUAAUAUCAGGCCUUAGAUUAACCCAUCAGUUUUCAAAAGUGUGACCCAUGAACUCCGUGGGGUUUCCUUGAGAGUCUUUCAGAGGAUCUGUGAGAUCAAAACUAUUUUCAUAAUAAUAUGAAGA